CUCCAUACAACAGCUUCUUUGUUCAUGGUUUGGUUUUCUUCCUCCGGAAAGAUGCAGUGGAACUGCUUUUGUUGCAAUUUUUCUGAUGAAAACGACGAAUCGCAAAACAGGGCAGAAAAUAAUUGUAUUAGGGAUUACUCGUGGGAAAGAUACUCUCUCAAGGAGCUCCUACACGCCACACACAAUUUCGAUGAAAAUAACAAGAUUGGAGAAGGCGGUUUUGGAAGCGUUUAUUUUGCUCGAACAAGUAAAGGCGUUGAGAUAGCGGUUAAACGACUGAAGACGAUGACGGCCAAAGCAGAGAUGGAAUUUGCUGUGGAAGUGGAAAUACUUGGGAGAGUGAGGCACAAGAAUUUGUUAGGCCUGCGAGGAUUCUACGCCGGCGGCGAAGAAAGGCUUAUCGUUUUCGAUUACAUGCCUAAUCACAACUUGAUCACCCACUUGCACGGCCAACUUGCCUCAGAUUGUCUUCUUGAUUGGUCUCGUAGGAUGAACAUCGCCAUUGGAUCAGCGGAAGGUUUAGCGUACUUGCACCAUGAGGCGAAUCCCCAUAUAAUACACCGGGACAUAAAAGCAAGCAAUGUGCUUUUAGACAAUGACUUUGAACCAAAAGUUGCUGAUUUUGGAUUUGCAAAGCUAAUCCCGGACGGUAUCAGUCAUCUGACCACUAGAGUAAAAGGAACUCUUGGAUACUUAGCACCCGAGUAUGCAAUGUGGGGGAAGGUCUCGGAGUGUUGUGAUGUCUACAGCUUUGGAAUCUUGCUCUUGGAAAUCAUUAGCGGCAAAAAGCCUCUCGAGAAACUUCCCGGCGGGGUGAAGCGCGACAUUGUUCAAUGGGUCAUCCCUUAUGCCCAAAAGGGUGCUUUUGACGGCAUAGCCGAUCCUAGGUUGAAAGGCAAGUUUGAUCCCCAACAAUUGAAAUCCACGGUCUUGCUUGCUAUGAAAUGCACCAAUAAUAACCCCGAAAAUCGACCAAGCAUGUUGGAAGUCGUCCAAUGGCUCAAGGAUGGUAGCAUUGUGAGAAGGAAAAAAAUUGUGGGAAAUAAUAAUGUGGACGACGAUAUGGAAGAGGAUGGGGAUGAAGAUGAAGAAGAAGAGACAGACAAAACAGAUACCGAUUACGAAGGUUAUGGGCUGCAACUUUAUGGUGCAAGAAUGACAAGGGCUACAUCACAAAGGAGAUCACCAUCCUCACCGUGACUUACUUUUUU